AUGAAGUUCACUCUCGCUGCUGCCAUUGCAGUGGCCGUAUCUGCCGUAUCCGCCAUCUCGCCCCGCGCAGUCACAGACACUGAGAUGGGAUGGGGAAAAGCUCUCGCUGGAGACUCAAAAGCCUGCGCUGAUUUGGCUGUUAUCUUUGCUCGUGGAACCUUCGAUCCUGGAAACAUCGGUCCUUGGGUCGGUGCCCCUUUCCGCGAUGCCCUAGCGAAGACUGGCAAGAAAAUUUCCUUCCAGGGCGUGGACCCCGGCGCGUAUCCUGCCGAUCUUGCUGGCUACAUCGUUGAGGGAGGUAGUGAGCAGGGCGCCAAGUCCAUGGGUGUUGUCAUCGAUGCCUACGUCAAAGCCUGCCCCAAGGCCAAGAUUGCCGUAUCCUGCUGGAGCCAAGGAUGCUUGGUCGCCCGUAAGAGCUUCGGCAUCAUGAGCGCUGCAUCUGCCAAGAAGGUCAUUGCCUACGUUUCCUUCGGUGACCCGUAUCCCCAAUGGACUGCCAAGAAGUACCCCAAGAUUCCGGCCAACGCCAAGCCGAUCCCCUUCUGCACGGGUUCGCCGUCCGAUGCUCUCUGCGGCAAAUCUUUGUUUGACUUCCCUAACAACGCCGCCGAUUUGAUCGACCACUUCAAGAAGAUCUUUACCAUGUUCAACGACAAGAGGCUGAACGAUGCCCAGAGGAAGGCCCGCGACGCCAUGCUCGUGCAGCUGCCCUUGCAGGCUUCGAAGCAGCUCGGUACACUGGUCAGCGAUCUCAAGAACGGCCACCGACAGCGAUGGGAGCUGUCGCCCCAGCACUUCUUUUAUGGCCUCGAUGGAUCUACCACCAAGGCUGCUCAGCAGCUCGUCGCUGCUAUGUAA